AUGGCACGGAAUCGUUCUGAACCUAACAAGAGGUCUCUACAAACCGCCCUACAAGAGACAACCACUGCUGCUACUAUCAGAGCAGCCAAGGGUCAGAAAAUCUUUAGCCCAAUAGCUAUUUUUCUCGACAAACACCGCAACCAGACAGCCGGCCUCAGCCCCCACCUACAAAGAACUCUUGCUGCUCUAAGCGAUGAUCUAGCUACCAUGGCUCAACACCAUUUUAAUGCCUAUAUAACCAAGCCAGCUACUGCUACACAACAAACAAAGCCACCUAUGAAAAAGUCUAUAUCUGAUGCGAAACAAUCCCUCCCUGACCACCAUCUCUUCAUGUGCCUCCCACCUGACCACGCGGCUAGAAAGAUGGACGCUUACGCUAUCUUCUCUAGCCUCCAGUCCCAACUAGGCAUAAACAGCAAUGCUCUAAAAGAAGUACAAAUAAUAAAGACUGGCUUUGCCCUCUGUCCUGCAUCCAUGGAGGCCCUUUCAACCCUCAAGGCCCAGAAAGAAGUCAUAUCUACUUACUUUGGCGACUGCCAAAUCGAAUGGAGCUCUCACUAG